AGUAGCUGAUUAUACUUACACAAACCCCAGAGGAAAUGGAUUCUGUCGAUGGUAACUAACUAAAGUGGAGCUGGGAAAGCUCAAGUUUCCGCCUCCCUCCAACCUCUGCUCUCUGAUAAUUACCAACCAAGCCUAUCAAGAAUAUGUUGUUUGAUGAUCCAGCAAAAUGUCUGGUAAGGGAGGAAAAAGAAGGGCAGGGCACUUCCCACGAGGAUGGGGGAAGGAGGUUCCGAAGCUUUCCUGGGUGAUUAGAGCUGGGGAAGUUGAUCUCUUUUCAUGCUGUAGAUGUGGCGCGCUGCAGUCACGCCUCCCGCUGCCAGCCCGGCACCGGGAUCUUAAUCAGUCACUAUGAAAACUCAUUAGCUCCACAGCAAUGAGUCCUCCACUGCUGAAGCUUGGCGCUGUGCUUAGUACCAUGGCAAUGAUCUCAAACUGGAUGUCCCAAACUCUCCCAUCCUUGGUGGGACUGAACACCACGAGGCUGUCGACUCCGGAUAUCUUAACUCAGAUUAGUCCUAAAGAAGGGUGGCAGGUGUACAGCUCAGCUCAGGAUCCUGAUGGGCGGUGCAUUUGCACAGUUGUUGCUCCAGAACAAAACCUGUGUUCCCGGGAUGCCAAAAGCAGGCAACUUCGCCAACUACUGGAAAAGGUUCAGAACAUGUCCCAGUCUAUUGAAGUCUUAAACUUGAGAACUCAGAGAGAUUUCCAAUAUGUUUUAAAAAUGGAAACCCAAAUGAAAGGGCUGAAGGCAAAGUUUCGGCAGAUUGAAGAUGAUCGAAAGACACUUAUGACCAAGCAUUUUCAGGAGUUGAAAGAGAAAAUGGACGAGCUCCUGCCUUUGAUCCCCGUGCUGGAACAGUACAAAACAGAUGCUAAGUUAAUCACCCAGUUCAAGGAGGAAAUAAGGAAUCUGUCUGCUGUCCUCACUGGUAUUCAGGAGGAAAUUGGUGCCUAUGACUACGAGGAACUACACCAAAGAGUGCUGAGCUUGGAAACGAGACUUCGUGACUGCAUGAAAAAGCUAACAUGUGGCAAAUUGAUGAAAAUCACAGGCCCAGUUACAGUCAAGACAUCUGGAACCCGAUUUGGUGCUUGGAUGACAGACCCUUUAGCAUCUGAGAAAAACAACAGAGUCUGGUACAUGGACAGUUAUACUAACAAUAAAAUUGUUCGUGAAUACAAAUCAAUUGCAGACUUUGUCAGUGGGGCUGAAUCAAGGACAUACAACCUUCCUUUCAAGUGGGCAGGAACUAACCAUGUUGUCUACAAUGGCUCACUCUAUUUUAACAAGUAUCAGAGUAAUAUCAUCAUCAAAUACAGCUUUGAUAUGGGGAGAGUGCUUGCCCAACGAAGCCUGGAGUAUGCUGGUUUUCAUAAUGUUUACCCCUACACAUGGGGUGGAUUCUCUGACAUCGACCUAAUGGCUGAUGAAAUAGGGCUGUGGGCUGUGUAUGCAACUAACCAGAAUGCAGGCAAUAUUGUCAUCAGCCAACUUAACCAAGAUACCUUGGAGGUGAUGAAGAGCUGGAGCACUGGCUACCCCAAGAGAAGUGCAGGGGAAUCUUUCAUGAUCUGUGGGACACUGUAUGUCACCAACUCCCACUUAACUGGAGCCAAGGUGUAUUAUUCCUAUUCCACCAAAACCUCCACAUAUGAGUACACAGACAUUCCCUUCCAUAACCAAUACUUUCACAUAUCCAUGCUUGACUACAAUGCAAGAGAUCGAGCUCUCUAUGCCUGGAACAAUGGCCACCAGGUGCUGUUCAAUGUCACCCUUUUCCAUAUCAUCAAGACAGAGGAUGACACAUAGGCAAAUGUGAUAUGUUUUCAUUGAUUUAAACAGUGUAAUUUGUGAUAAACUCUAUAGGACCCCUUCCAUUUUUUUCUUCACUAUUAUUUUUCAUCAUUUCUCCAAAGCAAAGCAUUUUUAUUGUAAAGUUGGUGUUUCAAAAACAUAGCUGAGCUUGUCUAACUUACCAUGUUGGAAACACAUCUUAACUUCUAAAUUUACAAGGCCUAUCAUGUCCUUGUCAUGAAAAGCACUAAAAAAAAAAGAGUUUAAGUGGCUAAAGUCAUAGUUUUGCAAGAGAUUAAUGAUCUGCCUUAUAUUAGAGUCAGAGACUAAUGGUGGCUUAAAUGCAUGAAUGUCUUCUUUUUAAAAACUGUCAUUUUUUACUGUCUUUUGCUCCAUAUCAGGAAAUAUUUUGGUAGGAAUUAGGAGAACAAAAAGCACUUUCAUCCCAUUUAUUUCUUUAAAAAAUGUAAGGAUUUCAUUUAUAUUGAAAAAUAAUAUUAAUCAUUUUGCUGUUAACACAAUUCUCUGAUGCGGUGCUGUACAGUCAUUUUUAAAUCUCUUGCUAACAUUUUAUUGGCAGUAUGUAUUUCUACCAUUGUAACCACCAUUGUGCUAUUGUAUCUCUUCACUUCUGUGAAAGUAAUAUUUUUUAUAAAAUACACUGAAAUUUAAUCUCAGUAAUUGAGUCCAUUUUCAAGUGUGGUCAAGAAUAAUCUUCUUGGCUUACUCCUUUACAUAAGCAUUAUAAACUAAAAUGAAAACCAAACCAGACACCUUACAUAGAGUCUUUAUUUUACCCCAAGUUUAUUGGGCCACUGACAUUGAAUGCAACAACUGAUUUUGUACAACUGAGUUACUCUGUUCACUCCACUGAAUGCAACCCAUAUAGUUUCUUGCACAAGGUGCAUCUGGAUUCCAAAUAUUGGAUUUGAGUUGACUCUACUCAUUUAUUAUACACUAAAGAAAUUUUGUUCUUCAUAGUUAAAUGUACUAGCAUUUAAUUUAUAUUUUACAUACAACUUGCAAUAAUGAUAUUCCUUAUGUCAGGACCCUGAAAAUAAGCACAUUUGAAAACUCUUAGAAAAAAAAAAUUUCUGUAAUGUCCUCUAGAUUUAGAUUAUGAGCCCUGAGGAGUUAUUGGCAAGAUUUGUGCAAAAUAAAAUAUGGGGAGACUUGGGAGUUGUCUUUGUGGUUUCAAAAGUGUAAAUAACCAAUUCAGAAAACAAAAUGGAAAAACAACCCCUUGUUACCUUGAUUCACUGUAUGUGGAAAAAUAAUGUAACCAAAAGGGAAGAGCUUUAAUAAUACUUAUGUUAAUAACUCUAUGAAACAUAUAAUCUAACUAUAUAUCAAACAUUUCAUUGAGUUUGGAUGUGUUUUCCACAUAUUAAAAAAAUAGUUCCCUAAGGCAGCUUUAUGGAAACAAUAUAGGUUGGUUUUACAAUUUAAAAAGUAUAUUCUAUAAUAAAUAAUAAAACAAAUUGUUUUAAAUGUUUCGUUUCACACAUACAUAGUACCACGAUUUUCUUUGAAAGAUAAGGAUGUAAUGAUUUAGAUAAAGCAUCAUGUAAAGAAAUCCUAACAUUUAAGUGUAAUUCAUUUCAAAUGUCACAAGUAAAGCAUCAUCCUCAAAUAUCUCACUGUCAAAAUUGUAGAAUUAAAUAACCCAAUCUUGAAACUGUCAAGGUUUAACAAUGAUUUCUUUUUUUGCCUACAAAAAGUUAACAUGAUUGAAUGACUACUCUGGGUCCUUUUGCAAUAUUUUAUUCUUUUUUUAACGAGUUUACAUAAGCUCUGGUUUGCUACUGGGAGUUGGAAAAUUUAAGAGAUUCACUUGUCAUUGUACACACACCACAAAAAUAACCAGUCUGUGUUCCAUACAUUGAGUUUGUAUGAGGAAAGAAAGUCACUUUAAUUUUAAAAAUGAAUGAAAUUUUAAGUAGAUAGCCUCUAAUAGAUAUCUGGAUCAUCAUUACUUGUUUAAAUUGAUGUUAUAUGGUACCACAUACAUUCAAAAUUUGGCUGAUCACAGCUUAUUCAUGAGGUAUGAAACUUGCAAACCACUUUAUUGUUUUCUAAGUAAGAUUUUAUCACGAUUUCCAAUUUAUAGUGUAUGUGCUGCUAGAGCAAGCACAGAUAUUAUUAUUGUCACUAGAAGUGGGGAAACAUGAAUUUUAAAAUGUGAUAAUCAUUAAACAUUUACAGUUUAAAAGCAUUUUUCUUAAUAAAUUAUUAUCAGUUUUUUGCCUGAAAUAAAUAAGAACCACUCUAUUCACUGUUUUUUUAAUCUCCAACAAAUAAAAUAAAUAUUACGAGGGAAAUAAUGAGUAUUUUUAAAUCACGCACAUAAUCAAAGCAUUGGAGAAAUCCAAGCUCAGAAAGUCUUAAUCCUAACUGAACUACGUAACUGAUAUUUUCUGAAUUAGCCAGAACAUUAACAAGCUUUCAUAUCACUCAAAUAAUAAUAUGUUCAUGGUCUAAUUGUGUUUGUGUGUUAUUUGUGGCGCUUGAAUGACAAUGCUUAUUAUUUGCACCUAAACUUACAUCUACAAGUUCAGAUAAUGAUAGUAUUUCAGUAUGUUUCCAAUAUGUAGAGAUAAGAAAAAAGAACAGCAGAUGUGUUGUUAUAUAAAUAGAAUUAUGAUUAGUUAAGAUUCAUUACAAACUCAGAAUCUCUGAUUCGUGUCUCCAUACUCAUGGAGUCAUUUCACCUUUGUAGUCAGUAUUAUUCUCUCUGAUGAGAUCUUAUCUUCAGAAAAUAAUGUUAAUUUCUUAUUGUUUCUUCUUUUAAUAAGAAACAACAAGAUUUUAUAUCUUAAAAUAAUUACCAAAUUUAGGUGUAUGAAUUUUUCAACCAGCAAAAUUGUUUUAAAAAUGUAACUAUAUAAAAUUAUGCUUAUGUUCAUUUCAAAAUAAAACCAGUUAUUUCCCUAUUAAGGUAAGUUUUACAUGUAAUAGUUCUUUAAUGUUAUUCUCCUUAAAGAAUAAUUUACAAAAAAAUUUAAAAACUUAUCUGAUCACUUUAGCCACUGCAGAGUAUUUAAAAGUCAAGCUUUAUAGAAAUAUAAUACUUUGGAAAACAGAAUCCAAAAUGUCAUCUUGUUGACUUGUUAGAAUAGUUAUGAUUAUAUUCUUUGUUGUACUCUGUGUGAUAAAGUUCCCAUGACGUGAUCAAAGGAUGGAUGCUCAUGAAGGAAGAAGAACUACUCUAUUCACUGCAGCAAGAAGGAAUCAUCUUUGAAGCAGGAAAAGGGCCCUCGCCAGACACAGAAUGUACUGGCACCUUGAGCUGGGACUUCCCAACCUCCAGAACUGUGCGAAAUACAUUUCUGUUGUUUAUAAGCUUAAAAAAAAUGAACAUCUAGAAACAAAGUGUACUUCACUUUCUCCAUCAUCAGAUGACAAGUAGAACAUGAGACAAACUACUAUGAAAUAGUCUACCUAGUGUUCUAGGAAAGGAGCAUGAAUUAUAUGCGGACUCCAUAGGAUGAAACAAAGCCUUCAUUACUUAAUGUUUAUAGCUUUAAACAGUUAUUUAUAGAAAGGCCCAGAGUCAUAAAUAUUCAACUCAGCAAGCAGUAUCCAUACUGAAAUCAAGAUUAUAGAAUCAUUUCUCAUUCUAAAAGUUAACUAAACUCAGCAUAAAACUAUUAGCUAACAAUUUGUCAUCACUAGUGGAUUCAGAGAAAGUCUGGGACUUAAUAAAAUCUGUUCUUUUGCAUUGUUGGCCUUAUACUAGAAAAUAAAAUAAUGACAGCAUUAACUUAUGGAAGAAAAAACAACUUCAUGAAAAUUUUUUCAUUAUUUUUCUAAGAAACGAUGAAUGCAAAUCUUGAAAAUCUCUUGAAUAAAGAAUAGAAAACUAUUUGCUCUAGCAGUUAGCCAAUCAGAAAAAAAAAAUGUUUACCCCAACUGAUUUCACCAAAAUGAUUUAUCUGACUUACAUCUUAAAAUUAUGUUAUGCAGUUUUUCUCUUCUGGUUGAUCUAUCAGGCAUAGUGGAAUUUUAAUCCUGUUUGGAGCCUGCCUUGUCUCCAAAAUGUCAAACUGGUUGGCAUAAAACUUACUCCCUUUGAAGUUCGGUUUAUCAAGUGUCAAAUAGGUUUUACAGAUAUAAAUUAUUAUUAAACAUGACUUAAAAGUGACAUAAAAGAAAGAAAUAAAGUUAUACAUUGCUAAGAGGAUAUAAUAACUUUUAUAUUUUAUAUCUAGGACAAUCUUAAAAAAUAAUAUAAAUAUAAUUAUUCCUAGUUAAAGAUAUGAAGUGAUAUGGUGAACAUGGAAAAGUUCUUGGGAAUAUUUUGGUGCCCUGAGAAGUCUGCUAGUAAACCAUACACAUCUAUGCAGUUCAGUGUCAUGUUUCAUCCGUAUCAAUGUUAUAUUAUGCCCGGAAGAGCUUGCAGCUGAUUUUUAUAAAUGACUAAGAGUCAUUUAUAUUAUUAGUGCCAUAAUAUAUAUUCCCUACCACAAUUUAGACUUGAAAACAUUGCAUAUAAAUAGGCAUUUUAAGAAACUUAAUAUUUUGUGACAAAAAAAUGUUUAAAUGGAGCAAGAAAUUAGCUGAAUAAAAGAAACACUGACCAUUUAAGUAUGUUAUGGAAGCUUAUCAUGCUACAGUAAUAUAUUUCCAGCCAGCUGUUUGUCCAUAUCAUUCUUGACUUAACAUGAAUUCAUAUAUAUUACCAGUGGGUAGUUAGCCAACUUUACAACCACAUACUACUGCAUUAUGUAUUCCCAGACGACAUUCUAGAUGCUAGGGUUAUAGCCGUCAACAGACAAAUAAGGUGUUCAUGUGCUUACAUUCUCAUGGGAACAGGCUGCUGCAACAAAAAAUUAAUAAAAAGUAAGUUCUGGCUGUAUCAAUUGCUGUGAAAAAAUAAAAAAUAUAUAUGAUAAAGAGUGACUGCCUUUGCUAGGGGUAAGGUGGGAUAAGAAAUAAUGCUUAGAGGAGAUAGUCAAGGGAGGUCUCCCUUAGAAGAAGCCUGCCAUGGUAAAUUCAUUCAAAGAAUGAAACAUCAUGACUUGUUCCAUGUAAAAUAAUUUGUCCUCUUUAUUUCUGUUCUUAGAAAUCCAUGGACCAAAUAUUCCCAACAUUUCUCAGUUACAGAAGUUUUUUUGUUUUGUUUUGUUUUGUUUUUAAAUUGAAAUCCAAAAAUACCCUUCUGGGAAUGGCUGAACCCCCUGAAAAUGUACGCUAAAUUUAUUAUAUAGAUGUGGUUGUGUACUCUUUCUGGUAGAGGAUUUCCAGUUUUCAUCAGAUUUCCAAAGAAAUCCAUAUCCCAGAAUACCACUACUAUGUCAAUUUAAUCUAAUUUAAUCCCAAAUUUAUUUAAUAUCGUUAUAACAAGCACUGAAUGGCUGUCAUCUUUCUUGCAAUCCUCAAGAAUUUCAGCUUGAUUCAGAAAGAAAAGAAAUCAACAUCCUAGUAUCAGUAAUUUUUUGUGUUUUGUUUUCAUAAGAACUCAAGAUGAAGUUGUUCCUUGUAAAACCUCUGAGGAGAUUAUACAGAUAUAUGACUGAAUCCAGUUAUUUUUCUGUGGCACAGCCUUACAGGCACAUUCUUGUUAGAUUCAGUGACCCAAGAGUCUCUAUUAUGAAGCCUGUCCUACAUCUAUUUGAGUCUGGAGAACAUUGUCUUAUAAUGCUAAUGCAGCCUUUUGGCAGCACCAUUAGACUCUGACUGCAAUUGAGCAGAUGCAGUGUGCUCCAUCAAAUUUAACUGCAAAUUCCUUUUCUGAAAUUAGCUACUGCAGCAACAUAUAAACAGCAAAGAGAAAGCUUUUAACACUUGCCAUGGUUUAGAAACUAUGGUAGUUGACGUGUGCAUAAUCUAUAGCUUCAGGAUUUUUAAAAAUGUUUUUAUUAAAAAAACUGCAGUCACACGCAGAUAAAGUCAUGUUGAGUACAGAAUUGAGGCUGUUUCCAUCAGUGAUGUUUACUUUGACUUUUUCUUAUAAAGGACUUGAGAAGACUUACCCAUUAGCUUCCAUUUCAAUGUAAACCAAAAAUAAUAAAAAUAAGUAUUUUCA